AUGUUCCCACCACCGUGGAAAGACGAGGCAAGAAAGAGCCGGCGCUCCGGACAUGUCGAUUGUCAGUUGGACUUUCAGCAUUGUGCACCGUCGUCGUCGUCACCGGUAUUGUUCUCGGAGCAGCGGGACAACCGGCAGCAGGAGAACCGGGCGAUUGUCUAUGACGGUCAUGAUGCCAGUCCUCCUGGAGAUCGAAUAAGGUUUGAGUUCAGCGCUGCCCCAGACGAUGACGUCUCGGCGACGGCGGCCAGAGGGCAAGAACGACGAAAAUGCCGGUACACCAUCCAUACUACCGGUCGACAACCACGGGGGAAAAGUAUCAAUAACGACAGCCGGAACGCCACCAAUAAACGAAAACGGCUGCUAUCCAAACGGACGGGCAUACAAAAGGGACCGGUCAAGGACGAUGCCACCUCCUACCCAGGUGGUCAUGAGAUGUCCACGGCCUCAGCUGAGAGCGGGUGGUCUUCCCUUGGUGGCCGUUUGGGAAGAAGCUGCGAGGUGCAGGGAGCCUUGCCCGGCGAAGGGGAUAGCUGGCGGAACAAACUAUUGCUGCAGGCGUUGAGGGAGACCGGGGAGGAGAUGAAACGCCGCCGCCAGACGCACAGAGAGGUUCGCGCCAGGCACACGGCAGAAGAGCGGGAGGCGGCAUCAUUCGCCCCUUCCAGUACCAGCAGUGCUUUGAUCGCGGCUUCGACCCCCGGACUAUCCAGAGACGGGUCCACGUUCUCCAACCUCGGCAGGAGAACGAGAGCAUACCUUUCCAAGACUGGGAGGACUCUUCCAACUACAAGCAAAACCUCCAGCAGCAACAAAAAAAGUGGUAACAAGCGAGUGGGAGGGAAUACGGCGAGAGGUGGUUUCGCCGGGUCUCGCGCCUGGAAAGAUAGUAAAGCAGUGGCGAGGGAAGCUGAUGGCGGCGGUACGACCGCGACCGUUUCGACGACCACCAGCGUCCAGGUGACUGUGGUGAACGGUCUACCUGGUCGAGAGGAUAGCGAUAGCAGCGAUGGUGUUCGCAGAUGUGGCCAGGGCGAUGACUGCGGCGAUGGUGGUAGAAAUGAGGGCGCUGGCAACAAGACAGCCGAUACGUAUCGAGAAGGCAGUCGGCGAAGUUCGGCCGCGAGGGGCUCAGAGGGAAUCAUGCUGCCGGCACUCAAGCAAGGGCAACGCUUGGUGGUCAACUCGGCUCCGACAACUGAUGGUGGACAAGGGACGGCAGGACACAGCGGAAUCGAUGCCCUCCACGGCUCCGAGACUCCACUGCGGGCAAAAGAGCUAUCAGCCAUCGGUAAAGAGCGCAACAGCGGUAUCAACAUUGACGGCGGGGGUACAGGUUGUUUCAGCGGUGGCGAUUCAAGUUCAGGCAAGAGUAUCCACGGUCGGAGGCAAAACGCCGCCCAUGGGAGACGGCAGACAUUAUCAGCCGCACCCAAAGAAGCCGACGACGAAGCAGAAGCUGCAGAAGCUGGAGGGGCAGGUACGGGUACUCCGACGCCUGGGCCGAACACGGCGACGGCGGUAGAUGGAAGAACCCAACAAGACCCCCCGCCAGCACCUUUUCGAGGAACGUUCUGGGACGAAGAAGACGCAGAAAACAAUCCUCCCGCCCACUGUCCGAGGUGCGCCGUAGUGCUCGUCGUGGGAAAGGAAAAAUUAGCUGUAUCAACAUUGUUAACCAUCCUCCCGGCUGAUUCCUUGGCGUCAUUUAGCCGCUCGCACGCGCAAGGAGCCGCUGGGAACCUAGACUCGGGGAGCAGCGGGGAACCACCGCUCGGGCUCCCUGACGGAGGCUUGGGGCGACGGGCGCUAGUGGCACACACAAAGAACGAGGGCAACCGUCGCCAGUUUUUUCAGCUCUACCGGCGAAUGGCGCGGCAGGUGGAAAUCGUGGGGGACACCGGCGCGCUCAGCCAGGAAGGACACACACCCCGGCAGGAGUUCAUUCGUAAGAUGCUCAAGAUGGGGCGCGUGCCAGUACCCAUCCUCCUCCGCGACCCUUCGGCGCUCCAGGACUUGAAUCUCGCCCACAGGGGGCUGGGGGAUGACGUCAUGUCGGCGGCGGCCGAGGUGUUGACCCGGCUACCGCACAUCAACACCCUUAACGUGGCGGACAACCGACUCACGGACCGGUCUUUGUGCAAGCUGUGCGCUCUGGUAGUUGGGAUGCCCGGGCUGAAGAGCUUGGACCUAUCUAGCAACAAGGUGGACGAGGCGGCAGCAAUCAUCCGCGGCUACCUGGCCCACCCUAGCUGCUCCCUGCAGACGCUGAGCCUCAGGUCUGCCGACGUCGACGAUAACGAGUGCUGCGACCUCAUGGAGGCAAUAAGCCACAACCAGUCGCUGACAAGGCUCGAUAUUUCCGAGAAUAAAAUCGGACAGAACGAGAUGCUGAACGCGGUUCAGCCGGAUGUCGUCACUGGGGGAGAGGGUGUUGCUGAGACGCUAGCAGGCAACGUGGCUUUGAAAGAGCUCAACCUCUCCUGGAACAACCUCCGGCAGGAGAGCGCGGCAGCAAUCGGUAGAGCUCUUAGUCUCAACCGUGGCCUGGUGUCGCUCAACUUGGCGCACAACGCCUUCAACAACCUGCCCAGCCAGGAAGUUGGCGACUCGCUUCGGACGAACGGGACGCUGCAGUCCCUUGAUCUGUCCUAUAACGGUCUCACGCCCGCCGCGGCCAUCGUCAUCGCUAGCGCGUGCAAGGCCAACACCUCCCUUACCAGCUUGACCCUGAGCGGCAAUCGACUUGGCCGGCAGGGCUCGGCGGCUCUUCUCAGCGCCAUCCGAAGGAGGACAUCAGCGAGUCAGAGUCGCAAGGUGGACCCCCUCAUCCUUGGGCUGGAGGGCUGCGACUGCGAAUCGGACUCGCUUAACCUUUUCGAUGUGGAAGAGCCGUCGGGGGAGUACAAGCUAGACAUGUCGCUGCCUUACUCAAGAAUGCUGGCCUCGGAGCUGCUGUCGCUGUCCGAGUCCAAGAAGGGAUACGAGAUUGAGAGCAUUUGGUUCGCCAAGGACAUGGAGUCCUUGGACAGGCCGGAGAGGCGGGAGCUGGUCAAGACCGAACGCGAAGCGUCCCCCUGUGUGAGCCGACUGAAACUGGCAAAGCCGUUUGCGAAGGCGAUCGCAGAGAUUGGUCAGAAGGCGAGCAUUGCAUCGCUGGACCUUUCUAAGCGCUCAGGAUCGGUCGUGCCCCAAUCGAUGGCGGGGAUGGGCGGGGGCGGAAGCAACGGCGGCGGAGUCGUCCUCAAUGGAUACGAGAGAUCUAGGGCCAAGGAGCAGGUGAUGGGUCUCCUAGAUGCCGUGAACCUUCAACCCUCUCGAACGGCAAUGGAAAGCGCUUUGGACGAGAUGGACUGGGCAGAGAUAAAGGCCGACAGUGAUGCUUUCUUCGCCGUAUUCAGGGCCGCGUUUCGGGUGUUUGACAAGGACAGGAGCGGGUCGCUUGAGGUGUGCGAACUUCUCGAGCUCUUCAAGGGGCUGGGCUGCAAGAUGGAUGAGGAAAGGUGCCGGACGCUAACCUUGGUGUACGAUCUCGACAGGAGCGGUUUCCUCGAGAUCGAGGAGUUCGUGACGUGGAUGAUGCUCGAGCAUGUCAAGGACCCCGCGCGUCAGAAAGGCAGGCUCAUGGAACCCCCCAAAGCAAAACCAUGGCCGGUUCCUCGAGAAGGGGCUUAUGCUAUUUUUUUCAGGGCCUCAAGGUACCCUGGGGACGUGAUCAACGUCGAAUCUGCCGAAGGGCUGGCGGCCAUGGUGGAUAACAUCCGACAUAUGAACACGGCGACGGAGCGCCUGAGGAUGUUCGAGAACGCAGCGAUGCACACAGACUUGCUGCUGACGGCUAAGCAGGCCGAGAUGAUGGCUUCGCUCGUCGAACGGGACCAGUUCCUAGAAUCGUUCCUCAACGCCAAGCAGAGGCUGAGACUAGCGCUACGCAUGAAGGGCCUCUACCGCGCAAUCAUGGGAAAUCCCAGCGGGUUCUACACGCUAGAUUUAAGCUCGGCGCAGGGAAGGAUGGCGGCCAUCAAGCUCGGGGAGAUUGCGAAUGCAGAGAGGUCCAUAUCCAUCACGCGCGGAGCUUGCGACACGUCUCAGAAAGGAAACCGAAUGAUGUUCCGAAAUGAGGUGAUGGACACCGUACCCCAGAACCUUUCCGUGGAUUGGUUCGUGAAGCUGCCGCGCAGAGGUACAAUCAGGAUGGACGUGAUAUCCAUGGCGAGACCGCGGCUUUCCGUGAAGCCUCUCAGCGACGCCCGCUUCGAGUCCCUCAAGGCAUUGCUCGGAGUAAACGAGGAGAUGCAGGAGAUCAGAGAGACCUACGAAAUCUUGGAGUACGAAAGGACGCACAACAAACUUGGUCUGAGGAUAUGGCAGCGCGCAACGGCGAGGGAGGCGUCAAACCUCCCGAAGACGGCAUCCGUGGGAGGUACAGCUGUUUCAUCAGGAGGAGCCUCGGAUGCUGCCAAGCUUGUAAUGAAUGACGACGGCAGCGUGAGCAAUACCAACGCUGAUCCAACGAGUAAAACGGUCCCUCCCAAGAUUGGCCCCGCCAGCAGCGGCGGCAGUGUCCGUGAUGUCAAGCAAAAUCGAGGCCAUACAGGCCCCAUGAACUCUGCAGAGCUGCCGUACCACUACGACGCGUAUAGCAUCUUCAAGGCGAAGGACCCCCACCUCAAGGAGACAGUCCCGACAGUUGAGAUCCCCGAUUGUAUAAUCAGUUCCCACGCGAUCGAACAGUGGCAGCAGUUCCACGCGUCGAGCCACUUUUUUCUCGACUAUGUCGAAAUCGCGAAGCAGUCUCUAAACGCCCCCGGUGGUGGUGUUGGCGACGCCGGCGGCGGCAGCAGCGCCAACGUUUCGGCCACAACGGGGGAGGGAAGGGGAGGAGCGGAGACCGGCGGCCGGGCGCCGCCACUAGGGAUUUCGUCCUCGUCUGCGGCGUUUGGUGCCACGGCCGGAGGGGGUCUAGGCGGGGGUGCUGGUGGGGCGCACGGAGGGGGAGACCGGAGCAACGCUGCCGGAGCAGGAACAGCUGCGGCAGGUGCCUCGACCGUCCCGACGCGGAUUUACCGAUGGGUGUUCCAUCGCCUUCUCAUGCUCCAGACCGUAGCAUCCGCGGCGUGGUACACAUGUCAGCAGGCGAUGGAGAUUGCUAGCGCGUUUCCGUGGCAGGACUUUGGGCGAGUUCAGGCCCUGAUCAUUGUGUUCAGCCGCAUCGUGGAUGUGGACAGAUUCAGCGAGGUGGUUCUCAGCUGCGUGAGGAACGAGGAGAGGCGGGAACUGCAGCAUCGUUUGGGCAUCCUGAACGUCCUGAAUCCCGUCAGGCCGGACGGGCCCUAUUUGCUGGAUCUCAAGUGCUGGGAGGAACGAGAGUGGGCAAAGAUCCUCAUCAAGCUCGCGGUCGAGGAACCAGGAGCAAACUGGGACCAUGAGACGUACACCCAUGCCCGGGGGACUCCCAUCAUCCAAGGAUGGCUUCUCCCCGAGAGCUGGACCCGAGAGGACGAGGACAUGGGGGGAGAUGGGGGUCCCCGUAGAUCUGGUAUCCUCUGCCUGCGCUACAUCACUGAUGCGUCGCUGGGAUGCAUAGCAAAGUGGGAGGUCCGGCGGGCGCUUCGGUCGAGAACGCUUGGCGGAGUUAAACGAGUGCUAUAA